ACACAGGUCAACAAUUCCACUAUGAGUGAGGUUUGGUUGUUGACUUUUUGAAUAAUAAGACCAAAUCAAUAAUAAAUAAAAAUAAUAUCCCAUUUCGUAUCUUAUUUGGAUAUAUAUUUGCUAAGAUAGACAGUUAUGAUAAGUCUACAAAUUAUUAUAAUUAUCUACCUCGAUAAAUAUUAAAUCCAAAAUAUGUUAAAAAAAAAAAAAAUGCUAACAUAUUUUCCCCUAGAUUUUUUAUUUUUUUUAUUUUCUCCUAAAAUAACUAAGAUAUAUAGUAGCAUAUAUAUUGAAAGUUCUUUUUCUUUUUCCUCAAAAGCAAAACUUGGUUGUCAUCAUAAGAGAAUCAUCACGCCUGAGCAAAUUACAUCAAACAAGAAUCAUGGUGAAUGGAGGAGGUGCUGUUAGGGUGAGAAAUUUGAAUGAAGAAGAAAUCAAGUGGCCACCAUGGUUGCAACCACUUCUCCAAACUAGCUUCUUUGUUCAAUGCAAAGUGCAUGCAGAUUCCAACAAAAGUGAAUGCAAUAUGUAUUGUUUGGAUUGUAUCAAUGGAGCCCUUUGCUCUGCAUGUUUGGCUUCUCAUAAAGGACAUAAUGCUAUUCAGAUAAGAAGGUCUUCAUAUCAUGAUGUGAUAAGGGUAUCUGAGAUACAGAAAUGUUUGGACAUAACAGGGGUUCAAACAUAUGUUAUAAAUAGCGCAAAGAUUGUGUUCUUGAAUGAAAGACCUCAACCUAGGCCUGGCAAAGGAGUCACCAAUACUUGCGAUGUAUGUGAAAGAAGCCUUCUUGAUUCCUUCUCCUACUGUUCCCUUGGUUGUAAGAUAGUUGGAACCUCCAAGAAAUUCCAGAAGAAAAAAAACUUAGGUGAGAGAGAUGGAUCAGAUGGUGAAGAGAGAGAUGGAUCAGAUGGUGAAGAAUCAAGCAGUAAUGGAAAUGACAGAAACAUAAACAAAAUCCAAAGCUUCACACCAUCAACACCACCACCUUACAGAAUAGCUAAGAGGAGGAAGGGGAUUCCACAUAGAGCUCCAAUGGGAGGACACCUUAUUAUAUAGAAUACUUAUACUAAUUAGUACAUGUUUAUAUUCGAGACGAGUUUGACAAAAUUACAGUGAAUCACUGUAAUUUUUACUUCGAAAAUUCAACACUGGGAUUUUGUCAAACUCGCCAUCAUACCUAAUUUACACUUUAACUAAUGUUAUUCAUCGUAUAGGCUAUAGGUUAUAGCUGCAUUGUGAGUUUUCUUUUAUAUGUAACCAAAAAACCACUGAUGCAAUAAUAAUAUUAAUGCCUAUGCCACUUCUAACUUCUAAAGUGGUCAUUAAUGUGGCAUCUUAGAUAUACUUGGCUUUAUUGUAUUUUACAAAGUUACUUGAUAAAGCAACUAUGCUAAGAAAGAGACUAUGUUUCUCAGUUGUUGGUUCCUAGACUACUCUCAAUUGAGUAUAUUUAAGUUUGGCUUAUGCUUUAAAAGAUAAAUAAAAAAUAAGGUCUUACUAACA